AGCAGCGGGGUCAGCGGCUCUUACCUUCGGACUACUGGAUACAUCUGGACGGCGCUGCGAUGCUGCUGCUGCAGGGUGGACCCUCUGCUGUUUAUGCUGCACUUUUAUUUUAUUCUUAUUUUCUGGAGCCAACUUUGGUGCUCGCCUUCAACCUUGACACCAGUCAUGUCAUCAGGAAAGACGGAGAGCCGGGCACUCUGUUCGGGUUUUCUCUCGCCAUGCACCGGCAGCUCAACCCCGAUAAAAGAAUGCUGCUGAUUGGUGCACCCAGAGCCAGAGCUUUGGGAACACAGACGGCCAACAUCACAGGAGGCCUUUACAAAUGUGAACUCACACAGUCUAAUGAUUGUGAUCGCAUUGUAUUUGAUAAUGAAGAGAACAUACGUGAUGAGAACAAGGAGAAUCAGUGGAUGGGGGUGACGGUUCAGAGCCAGGGACCUGGAGGAAAGAUCGUGACUUGUGCUCAUCGAUAUCAGAAGCGGUUCUCUGUGAACACGCCUCAGGAGUCCUGGGACAUCAUCGGGCGUUGUUACGUCCUGAGUCAGGACCUGACCAUUGACCCGUCCUCCGAUGAGGACGGAGGUACCUGGAAGUUCUGUGAGGGCAGAUCCAGAGGCCAUGAGAUGUUUGGAUCCUGCCAGCAGGGUCUGGCUGCCACCUUCACCAAGGACUACCAUUAUGUGGUGUUUGGAGCACCGGGAGCUUACAACUGGAAAGGCAUUGUACGAGUGGAGCAGAAAAACAACACUUUGCUAGAGAUGGGGGUGUAUGACGACGGCCCGUAUGAAGUGGGAGACGAGCAGUCGUCGAACCCCGAGCUCGUUCCUGUACCUGCCAACAGCUACCUCGGAUUCUCCCUCGAUUCAGGACACAGCAUCACCAGGAGUCGUGGCCUGACGGUGGUGGCUGGAGCUCCCAGAGCCAAUCACAGUGGAGCUGUGGCCCUGCUGAAGAAGGAGAGUCAAACCUCCGGCAAGCUUUUAGUGCAGCACAUGCUACAUGGGCCGGGACUCGCAUCCUCUUUUGGAUACGAUGUGGCUGUGGUUGACCUCAAUGGUGAUGGAUGGCAAGACAUAGUUGUUGGAGCGCCUCAGUUCUACAUGAAGGACAGAGACGUUGGAGGAGCUGUUUACGUCUACAUCAACCAGGCAGGAAGGUGGGGAAGAGUCACUCCUGUCCGUCUAAACGGGACCAAAGACUCCAUGUUUGGACUGGCAGUGGAGAAUAUCGGAGACAUCAAUCAAGACUCAUACGAAGACAUUGCCGUUGGAGCUCCUAAUGAUGAUGGCGGAGCAGGAAAAGUCUACAUUUAUCAUGGCUCUGCACAAGGGAUCAAAACCAGCCCUGCACAGAUCCUUUCAGGAAAAGAGCACAACUUACGGCUCUUUGGAUAUUCUCUGGCUGGGAACAUGGACUUGGACAGUAACUCUUAUCCAGACGUGGCUGUUGGCUCUCUGUCCGACACGGCUCUGAUCUACAGGGCACGGCCGGUCAUUAGCAUCACGAGAGAAGUCAAAAUAUCUCCACGGGAAAUUGACCUUACAAUAAAAACCUGUGGUAACAGCAUUUGCUUCACUGUGGACGCAUGCUUCAUCUACAGAGCGAACCAUACCUCUUACAACCCAAGACUAACUGUCGGCUACUCUGUGGAGGCGGACGGAGAUCGCAGGAAACAGGGCCUGCCCUCCAGAGUGAUGUUCCUCAACAAAUCCCGCUCUGAAACGGACUACCAGUUUAACGGCACCUUGGAGCUCCGCAGCCAAAACCAGAGAACGUGCAUCAAGAUUAACGCCAAACUAAAGGACAAUAUUAAGGACAAGAUGCGCAGCAUUCCCAUUGAGGUUUCUGCAGAAAUUGUGGGUACUAAACGACAGAAGACGAAGAACGGCCUCCCUCAGCUCAUGCCCAUAUUAGACUCCUCUCAACAAAGCAAAGAUGUCAUCGAGGUCAACUUUGUAAAAGAGGGAUGUGGAAGUGAUCAUGUUUGCCGGAGUAAUCUGAAGAUGGAGUACAAAUUAUUCUACAAACAAAGCAACCAAGAUGUGUACUCCCCAUUAACCAUCAAGAACAACGUCCCCGUGUUUUAUCGGAACACAGAGAAGAAAGACUUGGCUGUGUUUGUGACAGUCACCAACAUGAAUGAAGAUGAUGCUUAUGAGGCAAAGCUGGUGGGGACUUUCCCAGAUACGCUGUCUUAUUCUGGAGUCCGCUCAAAUCAAACAACGAUGGAGAAGCCAAUCAUCUGUACAGCCAAUCAGAACGGCUCUCAAGCAGACUGUGAGCUGGGGAAUCCUUUCAGGAGAGGCUCAAAGGCUACAUUUUACGUCAUCCUGAGCACUGUGGGUAUGACUGUCGACACCACAGAGAUUGAAUUCAACCUGCAGCUCCAAACAACAAGUGUGCAAGAAAGUCUCACUCCUGUUAAAGUGAAGGCUAAAGUAAUCGUUGUGUUGCCGCUGUCUGUCACUGGGGAAGCCAGCCCGAAUCAGGUUUCUUUUGGAGGUGUUGUGAAGGGGGAAAGUGCAAUGAAGACAGAAGAAGAGAUCGGAAGUUUGAUUACUUACACAUUCAGAAUACACAACGAGUGGAAGUCUUCUGUGAAAGCAUCACUUCAAAUUCACUGGCCCAAAUGGAACAAAGAUGGUAAAUGGCUUCUGUACCUGGUGAAGAUCACUUCUUCAGGACCGGAGGAGGUCCUUUGCUCUCCUGAGUCUGAAAUCAACUCUCUGAAAUACAUCCAGGAGACGUCUGCAUCCAGGAUAAAACGCGAAAUUGGAGAAAGAAAACCUGUUGCCAAGAUGUCUUCACUGUCAGACAAAAGAAAAGUUUUGUCCUGUGACGGUGAGAUCAAAUGUGUGGUGCUGAACUGCCCCCUGCAGGGCCUGGACGGUACUGCAGUUGAACUGAGGUCUCGUCUCUGGAACUCCACCUUUAUUGAGGAUUACGCCUCGGUUUCACACAUGCACAUCAUCGUAAAGGCAAAGCUCGUCCUCCAUACUCAGGCUGAAAACAUGAUCCUGAGAACUUCUCACUCUGAGGUGACAGUGGUGGUGUCCCCUGAAGGUGCAGUGUCACAGCACAGUGGCGUUCCCUGGUGGAUCAUCCUGGUGGCUGUUCUCGCAGGAAUCUUGAUUUUGGCUUUGUUGGUGUUUCUGCUGUGGAAGUGUGGAUUCUUCAAACGCUCCAAACAAGAGGACAGCGUCCCUCGUUACCACGCGGUGCGGAUCAGAAAGGAAACUUCUGAGUAUAAGGAUGGAAAAGUCAAGCUGGAUCCUUUUGAAAAGAAGACGUGGAUGACGACUUGGAUUGACGAUGAAAGUUACUCGUGACUCGUUUUUCUGUUCAAAUAAUUUUUGCAAAUAGCUGCAACCUGAAUUUUUAAAAGCAGUCUCAAGCCACAAACACACUGAACUUUGUUUUUUGUUCAUUUUCAUGUCUUUCUUUUUUUUUUUUUUUUUACACCUGUAUAGAAGAUGAAAUGUUUUUGUAAGUUUUGUAUAUAUUUAAAUACUUCUGCACACUGUAUAUUUAUUUUUUGAUAAAAAUAAUUUCAUGCAGCCAAAGACUUUUUUUUUCCAUUAUGUGUCCUCGAACAGACAAAGGACAAAGUUUACUGCUGUUUCUAUGGAGCUGUACUGUCUUAUUAAAAGUGAAAGUCUAUGCAAGAAAAGCA